AUGAUGCUGCCAUCUAUACUAGACAGAUUCACACUUAAUGGUUUGAAUGGUAAUCAUGCUUGCUACGUUACAGCACCGGUGAGCGCUAGCCUCUCCGACCUGAAAGAUGGUUCAUGGAUCCGUUUAUUCCAGCCCGACGUAGCCCGGUCAUUAGCUGCACAACUCAUGCUUGCUUUAGACUAUGUGCAUGCCCAAGGUAUUGUCCACGGUGACAUGUACCUUGGUAAUAUUCUUCUUAAGGUUCCGUUAAAUUUUGAUCAGCUUUCACCGGAACGAUUACAUGAGAAAUAUGGAGCCCCGGAAUUGGAACCAGUCUCUCGCCUAAAUGGUAAACCUCUUCCGCCUGGCGUCCCAACUCAUGGAGUUCCGCCCAUAUGGUUGGGGAAGGCCAGUGAAGAAAUAGUAUUGCUAGAAACCAGGAUCUUGCUUGCAGAUUUUGGCGAGGCCUUUAUCCUCUUUAUCCUCUCAAAGGAACGGAAAUUUGAAUCUUGCACCCCCCUUGUGAUCCGCCCCCCUGAAGCCCGGUUUGAACCUAACGAGCCACUAUCUUUUUCAUCUGAUAUUUGGACUCUCACCUGUACCAUAUGGACUAUCAUCGGUCAGCGGCAAUUGCUUGAAGGAUUUCUCGCAACAGAAGACGAUAUGACAUGUGAGCACGUUUGUCAAGACACUCUUAGCAUUUUGCCAUUGGAUUGGUGGGAGAAAUGGGACGCGCUAAGACAGAAAUUUGACGGAGACGGUGAGCCAAGGAAUCGCAAGUCUUUCCGAUCCUGGGACGAUCGUUUUGAGGAUAGCGUGCAGCAGCCCAGGCAAGAUAGUGGAAUAUCGCCAUUUAACGAAAAAGAGGAAGCAUUAUUUAAUGUGCUACGACUGAUGCUCUCAUUCAGACCUGCUAAUCGCCCUACUACCAAUCAAAUACUCAAAUCAGAAUGGAUGGUGAAAUUGGCCUUGCCUGAAUAUCGCAAAAGCCAAAAUAAUAUAUGA